AUUUUGCUUUAUAUGUCACGAUAUUAGUGAUAGGUCAUUUUUGAAUCGCUGUAGCCAACAUGUUCAGACCAGCCGUACUCAUCACUUUAUUUUCCCUAGCUGUAUGCCAGUUCCACCACCAUCAUCCUGGGGGUUUCAUUUCCGGUGGUAACCAUGAGCAUCCAGAGCAAGGCUCAGUCAACUUCGUUUACGAUCCCGAUUCGCACUAUCUGAUAUCCAGUACCCACUCAACCUGCUAUUUCAUGCCCUUGACCACCGACCAGCAGACCAGCGUACACAAUCAUGGUUUGGAGAAUUUGGAGCUUCAAAUGAUGGCUAUGAUGUCCGGCGGUGAGGAGCAGUUGACCAGUGACCAGGUGGCCAAACACACGCACAUUAUCAGCUCGAUGUGUAACAGCCACAAAUUAUACAUGGUCGGAGCUCCAGUGGCCAAACCCUCGGUUUCAUCUCCAGAACAUUAGACUUAGAAACGAGAAAAUGUUUGGCGUUUCCAUCAUCAGUUUGACAUUAUAAACGGAACAGCGAAAUACAAAUGAUUUGUUCACAAA